CCCGUUCCCUAAUCUUUAGUAGUUUCUUUACUACAUACAAUUGUAGAUUUACCAAUUUUGUGACAGUAUGAAUCUCACUGCUCGCUCCCUUACCACCACGCCUGCGAGGAUAGGAAAUGAGCCGCGUCAGCUAGCACCAGUGGCCGUUCCCACUGGCCGAAGACAUUUUAAACUUGCAAAUCCAGCUUUUGUCGGCCCAGCGCGACCUUUAAGGGUUGUUCGCGCAAAUGGCGCCCAGGACAACAGCUAUUUGGAGACCCAGAAGAAGACAAACAACGAUGUCAACUCGGUGCGGGAGGAGGUGAAGGCCACCCUGGAGCGGCUCAUGUCGGGGCUGCAGGGGGCGCAGGCGGGCGGGGACGGCGCGGGCGGGGGGGCAGCAGCGGCGGGGGGCGGUGCCGCGGGUCGCGCUGCGGAGGUGGAGCGGCUGCGGACGAAGCUGCGCCAUGCCGUCGGCGCCAUGCAGGAGGGGCUGGUGGAGAGGGACGCAGAGGUGCGCCUGCUGCUGCUGGCCGCCAUGGCGGGCGAGCACAUCCUGCUGAUCGGGCCGCCCGGCACCGCCAAGUCCGAGGUGGGCCGCCGCCUCAACACGCUUAUAGACGGCACCUACUUUGAGCGCCUGCUCACGCGCUUCUCGGUGCCGGAGGAGCUGUUCGGGCCGCUGUCCAUGCGCGCCCUGGAAGAGGACCGCUACGUGCGCCAGGUGGACGGCUACCUGCCCACGGCUGAGGUGGCCUUCAUUGAUGAGAUCUUCAAGGCCAACUCCGCCAUCCUCAACACGCUGCUCACCCUGAUCAACGAGCGCCUCUUCGACAACGGCAACCUGCGGGUGCCCGUGCCGCUCAUUAGCAUGGUGGGCGCCUCCAACGAGCUGCCCGAGAGCGAGGAGCUGGAUGCCCUGUACGACCGCUUCCUCAUCCGCCGGCAAGUACGACAAGUCACACCCGCCGGCGUCGCACAGAUGCUGUCAUACUACUCCAGUGCCGCCGCCGUCACCGCCGCCACCCCCCCAUCCAACGACGGCCGCAGCUCCUCCCCCUCCUCCUCCCCCUCCUCCCCCUCCUCCUCCUUCUCCGAGAGGACGCGGGCCGCAGUGUCUGCGGACUUGCGGCUGACGCGGGGGGACAUCGUGCGGUGCAAGGCGGCGGCGGUGGCGGCGGUGCGGGUGCCGCCGGGGGUCAUACAGCUGGUGACGGACCUUCGCUCCUACCUGCAGGAGAAAAUCGAGCCGCCUGUGUAUGUGUCGGAUCGCCGCCUGGUCAAGUCCAUACAGCUGCUACAGGUGGCAGCCUACUGCAACGGCCGCGACAGUGUGUCGGAGUUCGACUGCCUGCUGCUGCAGCACGUGCUGUGGCAGCGGCCCGAGCAGGCGGACCGCAUACACGACUGGAUCAUCGGCCAGCUCAGCGUGGAUGACGGGGCCAAGCAGGUUCAGUACCUGCUGCAAGGCCUGUUCAGCCGCGCUUGCCGGAGCCUGGGGAACAUGGAGAAGGUGGCGGCAAUCCAGACCGAGGUUCAAGAGUUGGUCAAGGUGCUGGCGGACAAGUACCAACACGUGGCAUCCAGUCUGAGCGGCGGUUUCCCGGUUGUGCUGGACAACUUGUGGCUGGGCACCGAUGAAAGUGAGGCGGUGGCGACGGCGCUGCAGCCACGACUGGUCAAGACACGAGCGGCGGUGGAGCAGGUGCUGCUCGACGUGGUCACCCUGGAUGCCGCCCUCCGGCGGGGUGCAGACCCGGUGACGCUGGCCAACCUGAUGCCGCGCUACUGGGCGGACUUCAUCCGCAACUCCGACAUCACGGAGGUGAAGCCGCUGGGGACAACACCGCUGGCGGGAGCCGCCAGGAGGAUCUGAGCAGCUGUGGGGGUGCGCAGGUGCCGCCUGUGAGAGGUGUGG